AUGGAGCAGCUUGAACGCCUCAGCCUCAUCUCGCGCAUUGCAACGGAACUCCACAACCACUGGGGAAUCAGCGAUAAGGACUUAGCGGAGUUUGUGCUGCAUUUGGGCGAAGAGUCGAAGUCUUUGGAGGAAUUCAGAGCGAAGUUAAAGUCCAACGGCUCUGCAGUAACUCAGGCCCUGGCUGUGAGUCUGUACACCUCAAUCUCACGCUUUGUGUCGCGCACUAAGGCCCCCAAAACUGCAGCAACAAACAGCAGCAGCAGCAGCAGCAGCAGUAGUAGUAGUAGUGGUGCAGGAAGCGGCAGCAGCAGCAAUGCGGGAAGCAGCAGCAGCAGCAGCACAUCACCAACCCCUGCAAGCCACUAUAAAGAGGAGAAAGCCGCCUCUUCACCUUCACCUACCAGCAGCAGCAGCAGCAGCAGCAGCAGCAGCAGCAGUGGAGGAGUGAAGCCGCUUCCAGCAACUGCAUUUUCUUUGUCUAAUCAUCCGCCAACUGAAAAAGAAUUGAAGUUUCCGGGCCUCUGCAUGCAAAAUAGAUUUGAUAGACCUGAGUUGCAGCUAGAGAGGCCUGAUGAACAUGCUCCUCUCUCUGCGCAUGCACAGAAGCUGCUAGAGAGAGAGAAAGAUGACAAAGAAUUAUUAAAAGAGCAGCAAGAGGCAUUCAAUAGAGCGAAGAACGGAGGUUAUUGGGGAGGAAAGGACAGCAGCAGCAGCAGCAGCAGCAGCAGAGGCGGUUUCAGUGCAACGGGAGCGAACGCCCUGCCUGUGGGCGGUGGAUCCCCAGCAGCAGCAGCAGCAGCAGCAACAGCAGCAGCAGCAGCAGAUGAAAGCUUGAAUUUCUGCGGAAAGAAGAGGGCCCCUCUUGAACGCUACGGUAUUUAUGAUGGCAUAGUAACGCGCAUUAUGGAGUAUGGGGCUUUUGUUCAAUUAGAUUUAGCAGAAGGAAGAAGAGAAGGGCUUCUGCAUGCAGCAGAUAUGAGCAGGCCAGAUGGAGGCCCCUGCGUCAGCGCGGAUGCCGUAAAGAAGGGACAGCUGGUGAAGGUGAAGGUGCAUGCAAUUGCUGGGAGUCGUUUGUCUCUGACAAUGCGAGAAGUCGACCAAGCUACAGGCAGAGACCUCAAACCUAGAAAUCUACAAUCAGGAAAUGCAGCGGGGUCACGUGCUGCUCUGUUUGAAUCUCUUGCUGAGGAGCAUGCACAGGCAUUAGAGAAGAAGGGUCUUGGCCGCAUUACAGGAGUGAAGAUAAACAUUGAGUCUACAGAAGAAGAGACAGCUUAUGCAAGAAAGAGAAAGCUGAUGUCCGACUACGACAAGUGGGAGGCGCAGCAGCUGCAGCGCAGCGGUUUGGUGAGCAGCAAAGAAAACCCUUAUUAUGAUGAAGAGGCUGGGGGUUUGCUGCCUUCACAAGAAGCAGAAGAAGACGUGGAGAUAGAAGUUGUAGACGAAGAGCCCCUCUUCCUUAGAGGACAAACCACCAGGGCUGGCAUGCAGCUGUCUCCGGUGAAGAUUGUCGCCAACCCAGACGGGUCUCUUGCUCGAGCAGCAGCAACAGCGCAGUCCCUCGCAAAGGAGAGGAGAGAUGUUCGCCAAGCGCAGGAGGCGGCGAUCCUGGACUCGAUCCCCAAGGAUAUGUCGCGGCCCUGGGAAGACCCAAACCCUCAGCCUGGAGAAAGAACAAUUGCUCAGGCCUUGCAAGGCCUAGGACAAACAGGUUAUGAAAUGCCUGAGUGGAAGAAGCUGUACUUGGGGAAGAAUGUGUCGUUUGGUAUAAAGAGUACUUUGUCUAUUGCGGAGCAGCGACGGUCUCUGCCGAUAUUUAAGUUAAAAGAGCAGCUGCUGAAGGCCAUUACCAACAAUCAAGUCCUCAUUGUUAUUGGGGAGACAGGCAGCGGGAAAACAACACAAAUGACGCAGUAUAUGGCUGAAGCGGGCCUCGUUACACCUGGGAGACUCAUCGGCUGUACUCAGCCCAGAAGAGUUGCAGCAAUGAGCGUAGCUAAACGCGUUGCAGAGGAAUUCGGGUGCCGUCUUGGACAGGAAGUGGGGUAUUCGAUUCGUUUUGAAGACUGCACCUCUGCAGACACCAUAAUUAAAUAUAUGACAGAUGGCUUGCUGCUGCGAGAGGCCUUAGUCGAUCCGCGUCUCCAGCGUUAUUCCGUAGUUAUGCUGGAUGAAGCCCACGAGCGAACUAUCAGCACGGAUGUUCUCUUUGGUCUCCUUAAGGAGUGCUGCCGUCAGCGUCCAGAUUUUAAGUUGAUAGUAACGUCGGCGACUUUGGAUGCGGAGAAGUUUUCGAAUUACUUUUUUAAUUCAAGGUGCAGAAAAUGUGUUGUAGCUACCAACAUUGCAGAGGCUUCCCUUACCAUUGACGGUAUUUAUUUCGUAAUUGAUCCUGGGUUUGCAAAGGUAAAGAUGUACAACCCAAAGUCAGGCAUGGAUGCACUCACAGUCGCGCCUAUCAGCCAAGCAAACGCGAGGCAGAGGGCUGGGCGUGCUGGUCGCACGGGACCUGGGAAGUGUUAUCGUUUAUAUACAGAGGCAGCAUACCGUUGUGAAAUGCUGCCUACUGCAGUUCCUGAGAUACAGAGGACGAAUUUAGAAAACACAGUGCUGCUGUUGAAAGCAAUGGGAGUAAACGACUUAUUAAAUUUUGAUUUCAUGGAUCCCCCUCCUGUACAAACCCUAAUUAACUCUUUAGAAACACUCUUCGAGCUAGGAGCUCUUGAUGAUGAAGGUCUUCUUACUAAACUCGGGAGAAAAAUGGCUGAGUUCCCCAUGGAGCCUCAACUCAGCAAAAUGCUGCUUACUUCUGUUGACCUUAAAUGCAGCGAUGAAGUUAUCACUAUUGUCGCUAUGCUCUCCGUGCAGAAUGUCUUCUAUAGACCUAAGGAUCGUCAGGCAUUGGCUGAUCAGAAGAAGAGCGGCUUUCAUCAGCCCGAAGGAGACCAUAUUACUUACCUCGAACUCUACCGCGCUUGGCAACGCAACAGAUUCAGCAAUGCUUGGUGCUAUGAAAACUUUAUUCAGCACCGGGCGCUGCGGCGAGCGCAGGACGUGAGGAAGCAACUUAUAUCUAUUAUGGACCGAUACAAACUCGAUAUUAUCUCUGCAGGCAAUGACUACAAGCGCAUUCGUCGAUGCAUAUGCGCAGGUUUCUUUCGCCACGCGUGCCGCGUAGACCCACAAGAAGGCUACAGAACGCUCGUAGACCAUCAACAAGUUUUCAUGCAUCCAUCCAGUGCCUUGUACAACCGCAACCCUGAGUGGCUGGUAUAUCACGAGCUGGUCUUGACUACUAAAGAGUAUUUGCGGGACUGCUGCACCAUCGAACCUCUUUGGCUGUGCGACGUCGCUCCGAAGCUCUUUAAACCUGCAGACCAGCAGCGUCUGUCUCGUCGUAAGAUGCGGGAGAGGAUUGAGCCCCUCUACAACCGCUUCGAAGAACCCAACGCCUGGAGGCUGUCACGCAGACAAGGCAAAAGGUAG